AUGAUGCAGAUUAGUUUCUCCCCCGAGCUAAUUGAGGAGAAAGAGGAGAAACGUGUUGCACGUGGAGGCGAAACAAUGUAUUUUUCGAAUUUCGCCCCAUUUCUCCUCAUUUCUCCUCGGAGGAGAAACUCAUCUGCAACAUCGCCUAAGUACAAUCCUCGAAGGAUUUUUUACUGAAAGCUUCUCAAACAUUAAUUUUAAAAUUUCAAAGUUCGAAAAAACAGUCCUAGAUUUUUAAUAAUAUUUUUUUGAAACAGUGAAAAAUUUAGAAAUUUUUUACUGACAGUUUCAAUAGAUGGAUCAUCGAAGUUCAAAAAAUUGAGAAAUAAGUGAAUUUUAUGAAACAGUAGAUUUUUGGGGAAUAAUAAAAAAUGUUAAUUUAGAAAAAUAAAUUAUUUAUUCAAAUUUACCUCAUUAAAAAUGAUUUUUUGAAACAGUACAUUUUUUUCGUUUCAAAAAAGUGUCAAAAAAUAUUGCCACGUGGAAUUUUUAGCUGAAUAAUAUCCCAAUAAAAUUGUUUCCCUCAACAAAAACCCCAUAUUUCUUUUAAAAUCUGAAAAUAUCGACCUUAAUCACAUGUCUUCCUCAAUUUCCAUCAUCUUCUUCUUUUUUGUGAUGGCCACAGAAACCGGCUUACUUUUCAUUUUUUGUAUCUCUUUUUAUUUUUGGUUUUUUCUCGACCGAACGUAUUACACAAUACAAAAAAAUCAAACAAUGCCAAAUUAAAAGUCACAAAAAAAAAUAAUUUUCAGCACGCUCCGCCUUUGAAAACCAAUCUCCCGCCCUUUUGUCCCCUCCAAAAAUUUUCACUUUUUCUUUUUUUGACUGCCACAAUUUUAUCCCUCUUUCUUUUCUGCCAUUGGCAUAGAAGUAAUAAUAUAAUAUACAACACUUUCGAUUUUUACGAUAUCUCUCUGUGUUUUUUUUUUGCAAUGUUCAUCGCGGUUAGAGGAGGAAGAGGAAGAAUAGUUUUUUGUUGUUUUGUUACUUUGUUUUUUUUUGUUGUUGUAUCAGAGAUUGAUUUUUUCGGGAAAGUUCUAGUCGCAAAAUUUUGGGAGAAAAAAAUUGUUCCAAGUCUGAUUAAUUGGACCUGACUUUUAGCAUGCUCCGAUCGGACCAUUUUCAAUAGGAAGUCAAUUUUUUUUUUUGAAAAAAUCUGUUCAGAAUUUUUCUCACAGGUCCAUUGAGAGACUAAAAUUUUUAAAUUUUCUGGAAUAUUUUUCAAAAAGAUUUUUGAGCAUCUAAUUUUUCAGGUCCCAAACUUCCACGUGGAUUACUCUUUACUUUUUGAUUUUUUUUAAAUCUGAAACAGUCAAAUUUUUCAGCCCGAAAAAAUUAUUAUUGUUGAAUUCCACGUGGUAAAGUUCAAAUUUUGGAGCAAAACAUUUUCUGAACUACUCGAUUUUUGAGGUGAAAAAUCCAUGUGGCAAAAUUCAGAUAUGCUUCCUUUUCGAGUUUUUCUUGAAAUUAUGCCCAUAGAAAUCUUUUGAAAUACUUUUUUCAUCAAAUUUUUAUAUCUCGAUUUUUCUAUAUUAUUUCUCUCUCUCUCUCUCCCCAAUUUUUCUAAACCCAAAUAUUUUUUGCAGCGAUCUUUUUCGCCCAAACGAAUCAACAGCCCCAAUGCGAAAAACAUUGGUGGCGUUGAUCGGAUUGGCUUUGGCAUUUUUGGCGCCGAAAACAAGCGCCAAAUUCACGCCAAACGCUACAAUUUUAUUCAACAAAGAUGAGAUUUUCGAAAUUCCCGGACUCGAAGUUAUGGCUUCGGAUAAAUAUCCACAUUUUACGACAAUUGAAACAGUUAGCCGAACUAAAGUUCAUCGACAUAGAAGAGAAGUUAUUGCUGGACCAAUUUAUGAUUGGAAUUCAUAUGAGAUUCCAUUUCAGAUUUGGGGAGGAGAUUGUGAGUUAUUUUUGGAUGGGAAUUUGGGGAAAGACUGUGGAAAAUAACAUGAAAAUUGGUUAAAACUUCCUUGUUUACCAAAUUUUUAAAAAAUUAUUUUCGAAACUUUGAAAAAUUGAGAAUUUGACUUCAAGAGUCAAAUUAUUUGUACAAAGUCGAUGAAAUAAGUUUGGUUGGAAAAAUAUCGAUUUUUCGAAACAGUGAAUUUUUCAAAAAAAAAAAUUAAUUUUUAUGCAAAAAUUCCUGUUUCAGAAAAUUAUACUAUCCAAUAAAACUCGACUCUUGAAAAAAAAAGAAACAUUUUUUGUUGUGAAGUUUUCUAAAAACAAUUUUUUGAAACAGUGAAAAAAUUUUCAAAAAUAAAAAUAUUUUGAAACAGUAAAAUUUGAAAAAAAAAUUGUAAUUUUUUAAUUUCAAUAAUUUUUUACUGUUUCAAAAAAAUAAUUUCUAAAAAUCUGCAUUUUCUGAAGUUUGAAAAAAUUCACCGUUUCAAAAUUUGUGCAAACAAUUUCGAUCUGUAUUGAAAUUUUGGAGAUAUUGUUGUUCACCUAAAAUUAUUUUUAAAAUUAACCUUAAGAACCUUAAGCAUCUAAUUUUUUGCCAAAUUAUCUAUAAAUAUUGAUUUUCGAUCAUUUUUUCAAACAAAAGCAGAAACAGAGUAAUUUUUGUUGGUUAGCCUUGAUUUUUUUAAGCAGCUUAUGAAAUUGAGAGUUUUUUGCAACAAAAAAAAGAGAAAGUGACACCACUUGAAAAAAUGGGGGAUUUUUGACAAAACCCAUGAUUUUUAAUGAUUUUCGGGUCAAAAAUCGAUAAUUUCCCUGAAAAUUUGUUGAAAAUUCAAAAUUUCAAAUUUUCAGACAAUUUCCAAGGUUUAAUUCGACGUGGAAUUCGAAUGUGGGAAGAAUCGACGUGUUUGAGAUUUCGAGAAAAUAUGCAAAGUCGAGAUGCGAUUCGAUAUGUUUUGGAGAAAGGCGAUAGUUGUUUCACGGAAUAUAUUGGGAAAAAUGGCGGACAUCAGGAUAUUAUUAUUGGAAGCGAGUGUGCUGAGGUUAGAACUUUUGAGAAGAUAGAUUUUAGCGAAAUUAUGAAAUAGCCCUUUUUUGAAUGAAAGCUAGAAUUUUUAAUAUUCAAGAUUUACUUCAAAGUCUUUCACUGAUUAUUUGUUACACGUUAAACAAUUUGUAAAAAUUUUGAAACAUUUUAAUUUUCCUAAGUUUUUAAGUCAACCUAUAGGUUGACUUAUAAGCUGGAUUUUAUGAAUCAAAAUUUCCGGUACAGGAUCGAGGUUUCAUAGACCUCGAAAAAAUUUCGGAAAAUUUUGAAACAGUGAGGUUUCGAAAAAAAAAUGAAAAUCAAGAUUUCAACUUAUUUCAAAAUUUAAAAAAAACCACGCAACUUCAAAAUCCACAAAAAUCUAUGAUUUUCACUUUUUUUUCCAAAUUCUCACUCCAACUCCCCAAUUUUUCCAGGAAUACGUAGUUGCUCACGAAACAGGCCACGCUCUCGGAUUCUGGCACACACAUCAACGACCAGAUCGAGAUCGUCAUAUCUCAAUAAAUUGGAAAAAUGUGAUGGAAGAAGCGACUGCCUCAUUUAUGCCAUUUCGCUCAAUGCUUCAAGCUUUUGGUAUUCGACAGGUUUCGCCGCGAAGAGUUCCAUAUGAUUACGGUAGUUUGAUGCAUUAUCAUGCUGUUGCACAUGCUGUUAAAGUUUCGGAUUUUACAAUUGUUCCAAAGGAAUUGAAAUAUGUUACAACUAUGGGAACUGAGAAAAUGGCUUUUUUGGAUGCAAAAGUUAUUAAUGAUAUUUAUUGUCCAAGUUAGUUUCUUUUAAAUAUUGGAAGCUAGGAAUUCUUCACAAAAAUUAGAAAUUGACAAAACUAAAAAAUAUUCUGAAAAAUAUUACUGUUUCAAAAUUGCAAUGAAAUAAUAAUCAAAUAUUGAUCUAAUUGAAAAAAUCUUGAAAUUCUUCCAGAUGCUUGCCAAGGUCGUUCAAACAUCAAUUGCCUAGCUGGUGGUUAUCCAGACCCCAAUAAUUGUCAAAUAUGUCGCUGUCCAGAAGGCCUUGGUGGUGCUGAUUGUUCUCGCCUUCAACCAUCUUCCUGUGGCGGGGAAAUUCAUGCAAAUGAUCAAUGGCAAACUCUAAGUAGUCCAGCUGGCAAAGAUAUUCAUUGUUAUUGGCGGAUUUCCGUUCCAGAAGGAUCUCGCGUUCGUUUCCGAUUAUCUGAUGGCGAAUUUCCGUGUUCCUACGGUUGUCAAUCUUAUGUGGAAAUCAAACAUAAAUUGGAUGUUAGACUAACUGGUUUUCGAAGUUGUUGUUAUCGACCGAAAGAGGAUACGGUGUCGGAAAAUAAUCAGAUUUUUGUGAUUUAUCAUCCGAAUGGACGAACGGCCAGGUUUUCGUUGAGAUUUAGACGACAAGUUUAA